CGGUUAACAAGUAGAUAUAUACAUAAAUAUUCAACUAGGAAGUUUUUUAAAUUUAAAGUAUCGCUUAUUACGUAGUUUUUAAAUAAUCAUGAUAUUCUUUUUACUAAUCAUUGGAAUAUGUUUUCCAGUAUUAGAAGGUACAGCCACUAUCCAAGUACCAAGUGCUGGUAAUUGUGGUGAUCAUACAAGUCUAACAUGUCAGGUUACUGGUAACAUUAAAAAUACAGGCUGGACUGGCUUAAACAGAUCAUUAGUAAUCAAUGGAGUUGCCGUAAGACCAGAAGACAACAACAAAUAUACAGAAACCAGGGGAACGUCAUCAUUCACAUUGAAAAUACACAACACCGACAUUACUGACGAAGGAGAUUAUAGAUGUAGGAUUGGUUUUGAAGAGAGUCAGUUUAAACGUCUAUAUAUAGAAUGUAAAGCAUCAUCAGCUACACACAGCAUAACAAGUGGAAAGAAAGUACAGAUAACUGUAGAUAAACUAUAUCCUGCCUCACCAACACUUACUGCUACAUUUAAGAGACAGACUAGCGCCAUCCAGAUACUAGGAUCUUCAGCAUGUUCAAGCAGUACACAGUAUACAGGCUACUCUAGAUGUGUGUGGACUUCUAGUAACUCUUUAGAUGAUGGAGUGUAUACAUACAGCAUUGUUGUUAACACCAUCACACAAGCUACUCCACUAACAGGAUCAUUUGAAAUAUCGUCACCUGAAACACCCUUAAUAUCAAAUGUCAUACAGUUGAAUGCUAGCCGUGAAGUUGUUUACGGAAAUGAAGGACAAUCUCUGACAAUACAAUGUACUUCGACUGGAGGAUAUCCAUCACCAACGGUAAUCUGGUAUAAGAACAGUAUAUCUAGCUCUAACCAGUUGUCCAAUACAAGUUCAGGGACGUUAGAAAGUGACGGAACAUACACUGUCAACCUACAACAUACAUUGACAUCUGUUACAUCAGAUGAUAGGAAAUAUUUGAUAUGUAGAUCGUACUAUCCUCAAGCUGAUAGUGCUCAAGUAGGAUCAAACAGCAAAUCUGUGCUACUUUACUUGGCAUUGAAGCCUAGCCAGCCAACAGUUACACAGACAUCUGUUGUAUCGGCUGGUAGUAAUGUAACGGUAAGAUGUAUAACAAGCGGGUGUAGACCAGCAGCCAGUAUAUCCUGGUUAUAUCAAGGUGUGUCGUAUAAUGGCAGUACAACAUCAACACUUGAUGCUGCAACAGAAACAUUUACAGUCGUUUCUAUAUAUACCAGACAGGUAACAGCUGCGGAAAAUGGACAAAGUAUACAGUGUAUAGUCACUCAUCCUGUAUUAGUGAAUCCAGCACAACUGACUAAAUCAACAAAUUUAAAUGUUCAAUUUCCCCCGAUUGUUUCAGUUAUUGCAACAAACACUACGGUUAAAGAAUCAACUAGCGUAUUAAUGUGUAUUGCAAAAGGUGUUCCCGACAAUAAUUAUAGAUACGGGAAAUGGAUUCAAAGAUGGCCAGGAUAUGGAGUGCCUGUUUCGGUGAGGCCCGGAAGUGAGUCGCUCGAACUGACAAAUUUAGCAUACGAGCACUCCGGGUUUUAUACGUGCACUGCCAGUAAUGGUAUAAAGGUCUUUGGUACAAACACAGAAUUUAUAGAAGGAGCAGAAGUACAUUUACUUGUGAAAUCGUUUCCAGUUAUAAUCAAUAUGGAUGACAAAUUUGCAAGCAGGAUAAAUAAAAAUGUAACGGUCAAGGUGGACUAUUUCUCGAACGUACCUGGAACAGAAGUGAAACUUUAUAAAAAUGUUAAUGGUGCGGGAAAAACAGACGUUACCUUAUUUGUGGAUAAGAAUCCUGUUGAAGUUGAGUUACCCGUAUUUUCACACUUUGUCAAAAUCAACGGUACAAGGUCUAUCGUAACAUUUCCAAUAAAAUCAGAAGUGGAUUAUGGGUCAUAUAUUGUUGUUGUCUCAAAUGAAAUAGGUUCUAGUAAUAGGUCAUUUGAAGUUGUGCUUACAGAGCAACCAGGUUCACCGAGAGGUUUUACAAUAGACUAUAUUCAGCAUAACAAGGCGCGUUUGUCGUGGAUGCGUGGAUAUAAUGGAGGCUUGAAACAAACUUUCGUUAUACAAGUAGGCACAGAUGAAAAGACAUGGAGUGAUGUGAAAGUAUUUGACAGAAUUACUAAAGACGAAAAGCCCAUAACCACAGUCUUGUCAGAUCUGCUUGAUUCAACAACAUACUUUGUUCGAGCAUACGCAUAUAAUGAGGAAGGAAAUAGUCCUUUGUCAGAAACUCUUAAUUUUACCACAUCUUCAAUCAAAGUGAAGGUUACUAAUGAGGCAAAUAACACGUCUACGAUUAUCAUGGGAGUAGUUCUCGGCAUUGUUAUAGUUGCGUUUGUAAUAUCAAUGUACGUGAUAGUACAGCUCAAGAGGAAACUUGAACAUAAUCCAAACAAAGAUAUCUCCAAAGACACAAACAGCAGAAAGUAUGCCAAUGUGGAUGAUUCGAUCAAACUGAAAACAGAAAAUGUAAAUGAGAAAGGCACAUUUAACGAUGUUCAAACCUCAGAAAGUCAAUAUACAGAGCUUGAUAAAAAUCUGAAGGAAUCAGAAUCUGCAUACGAUGCUAUUUCAACUAUGUGA